AUGUUCCUCGCCAGGCCCUUCAUACGGCGGCGGUCGGGCUUCCUUCGCUACGGCGUCUUGGCUUUCAUUCUCUUGGUAGCGUUUUGGAAGUUUCACCAACGCGCUGAAGACCUGGUCAGUUUCGAUUUGACUGUGACCCCCCCGCCUGAGGGAAGCAAGGAAACCACUGCUGAUGACGAUAAAACCGAUAAGAGCCAGUCGACCGACUCACAUCCAGUAAAACCACCUGUGACGCCGGACAGCCCCAAGCGACCAGAAGACACUGUACCAGCCGCCGACUCAGAGGACCGUCACCCGAUAGCCAAGCUUAUCUACGAUGCUCAGCAUCAGUUUGCAGCAAUAUCUUCUGGCGAAUCAAAAACAUUGGAGCAGGCUGCCCAGGCUUAUCGCAAGGCUCGUGGAAGGCAUCCUCCUCCACACUUUGACAAAUGGUUCGAAUACGCCCAGUCACACAAUGCUCUGAUUGUAGAAGCAUUCUUUGACCAGAUAUACGAAGACCUGGAACCGUUCUGGGGCAUCGACCCUGCUCCAAUGCGCCGCGAGGCCAGCCAGUUUGAAAUGACCAUCAAUGUUCGUAAUGGCACGGCCACGGCUGAGUCCGAUUGGAUGUGGACAAGGAUCUGGCUCGACAUGGCCAAGACGAUUGAGGCUUUGCUUCCCGACAUGGACAUAGCUCUCAACGCCAUGGAUGAACCCCGGCUGGUUGUGCCAUGGGAGGACAUCAACGGAUAUAUGAAGAAUGCCUUUCAUACACGAAAGCUCCCAAGUGCUGGCAAGACGGUGAACAAAUUUCGCCCUUGGCCCAAACCAAAGACCGGCUUUCUAGCAGGUGAUAUUAUGGAUAAGAAUUGGGAGGAAGAUGGUAAGUGUCAAGUAUCCUGUGACUGGUUUGAUUCGAUUCUCCAAAUAGAGGCACAAACUAACCAUAUUGCCAUAGAAUUCUACUGGAAGAUCGUUCGGCGUGGCUGCCCCCCUAACAGUCUUGCGAGGACGACGGAACUUCAGAGCUCUUUCCAAGAGCCUCCAACUAUUAACAAUACAUAUGCUGAACCCCAUUUUUACAAAGGCUACGUUUCCAACUACACCAAGUCAAUCCAAGUUUGCCAUCAGCCUGAUUUACAAGGCCUCGAGGGCCUUCUCAUCCGACCCUUGUCGACCAAAUCUACUAAGGUGAUGUUCCCCAUGUUUGGUGGUUCCAAGCUGACCGUCAACAACGAGAUACUCCUUCCAGCACCCAUGUACUACAGCGGAGAAGAGCGUUUUGUCGGUAACGGUGACCACGGUAUUGAAUGGCCCGAGAAGACCGAUAAAGCCAUAUGGCGUGGAGUGGCGACUGGUGGGAGAAAUACAGAGGACAAUUGGCGCGGCUUCCAACGUCAUCGGUUCGUUGCCAUGAACAAUGGCACCAAGGUCGCUCGCGUCGAGUCUGGUGAGGACAGGGCAGAGAACUUUGUUCUUCCCGAGAAGGAAUACGGCGUGCAGGCUCAGGCGGGCAAAAAUCUGGGACCUUGGGUUGACGAGUUCGCCGAUGUUGGGUUCAUCGACCUCAUGUGCAACACUCCUGAUCAAGGGAACAAUUGCAACUACACCGACUUUUACUUCAAACCCAUAGAGGGCAUCAAGUUGAGCGAGCAGUUCAGCUACAAGUUCUUGCCUGACAUUGACGGCAACUCAUUUUCUGGCCGAUACCUGGGGUUCCUGCGAUCUACUUCUCUCCCCAUCAAGUCAACCAUUUUUCGUGAGUGGCAUGACUCUCGUCUGGUGCCAUGGAAGCACUUUGUUCCCAUGGACAACCGAUUUAUCGAUUACUAUGGCAUCAUGGAAUUUUUUCGUGGAUACCAGGGUCGCAAUGCCCACGAUGAGGCAGCCAAAAGAAUUGCAAUGGAAGGCAAAGAGUGGGCAGAGCGGGUUCUUCGCAAGGAAGACAUGCAAAUAUAUAUGCUGCGACUGUUCCUUGAAUAUGCUCGCAUUAUGGAUGACGACCGCGAGUCCAUGGGCUGGACAGAUGACGUUGCCAAAAACCCAUCACUGGCCAAGUCAUGGUCAUGGUGGUGGUAA